ACAUGUAUAGAAGCUUCAGUCAUCUCCCAUACUCAAAUUAGAAUUUCGGAUAAAACUUUUCAAGGCCACUCACAUCGCAAUGGCAACAGACCAGCUUGGUGUAGCUCUAAUCGGUAGCGGACUCUUCGCGCAGGAAGAACACCUCCCCGCCCUCCUCAGCAACCCAUCCCUCAAACUCGUCGCCAUAUACUCGCGCAGCCUCGCCUCGGCCAAAUCCCUCUCAAAAGACUUGAAAGAUGUAGAUCUGUACAGUGAAGACAGCGGGGAAGGGAAGGGAUACGCAGAUCUCCUGAAACGAGCCGACCUGAAGGGCGUCAUCGUCUGUCUCCCAAUCCCCAACCAGCCUGCAUUCAUCAAACAAGCCCUCUCCGCCGGCAAGCACGUCCUCUCCGAGAAGCCCGUGGCCCCGACCCUCGCCGCCGGCAAAGAGCUCAUCGACUGGUACCGCUCCUCCAUCCCCGCGAGCACCAUCUGGGCCGUAGCCGAGAACUUCCGCUACUUGGAUACGUUCCGCUACGGCGCGGAGCAGAUUUCGCAGCUGGGCCGCGUCCUCGGCCUGCGCGUCCGCCUGGGGCAGAUGGUGAAGCCGGGCGGCAAAUGGUACGAGACUGCUUGGCGCAAGACACCGGACUACCAAGGCGGCUUCCUUCUGGACGGCGGCGUCCACUACAUUGCGGGGACGCGGGUGCUGCUAGGGACCGCGAACGCGAUUGUGCGGACGAGCGCGCACAGCCAGCAGCUACAAGAGCACCUGCCCCCGGUGGAUACGGUGGAUGCUACUGUGAAGCUGGCUAGCGGGGCGACGGGGACUGUGUCGAUAAGUUUCGGGACGACGUUCAAGAGCAACGAAUACUCGGUCGCGUGUGAGAACGGGAUUGUGUCAGUGUUGCGGGGAAAAGUUGUUGUGACGAAGGAUGAGGCGGAUGAGGUGAAGGAGUUUCCGGAUGAAGGCUCGGGAGUCGCGCCUGAAUCGAAGGCUUGGGGUGAAAGUUUGGUUUCUGGGAAGCCGGACACUAGGCAGAUACCCGAGGAGGCGUUGGCAGAUUUGGAACUUCUGGAGGCUUUCCUUAGGAGUGGGGAACAGAACGGGGCGCCGAUUGAGCUUAAGUACUCUGUCUGAGGUCGAUGCGAGGUUCCAUGCCGUAUAUGAUGUGGGAGUAGAUACGAAAGUGUGGGUGGGGAAACUUUCAGAAAGAGGGCGACGUUUGUCACGUGAUUCACAAAUUAUCAAGAUUCGAGCUAGCGUCCGUCCCCUGGGUGGCGCAACACCCACCGUGCCCCAACAUAUGAGGGGUACAUUGACUUCAAACAACUCAAGCUCUUUGCACACAUCGAUAUAUCCCAUAAUUCUAUAUAAGUUGUGUGCUAUAGCCAUCCUAUAGCCCU